GGAACAAGACUCUGGAAGGCGGUGGAAGGGUUUAAGAUUCCGAGUAUUUUAUGUAACUUCAUUUUUUUGACGACACUCGCUCGCUGUCAAUGGAUUAAAAAAAAUAAGACUCGACGGGAUAAUAAAAAAACGAUGCUUUUCGGCGGGCUGCUAAGCUAGGACCCCGAAGAUGGGCUCCGGCCAGAGUGCUCGCAAGUUGACCAUCUCGAACGAGGAGGAGGUCGGUGUGAUCAAGGUGUCAAACGCGAUUGUGCAGCGUCUCGCUCAACAACGGGACGGUUCCGAGGUCAACGAAUCCUCGACGGAUCCUCCGAGACCCGACUCGUCGAAGGUCCGGCAAACAGCACCUCCUAGUGCAGCACCUCCUGCUGUUGCUGUGACAUCCGGACAGCCGGUGUAUUAUCCUGAAUUGACAGUUUCCGCGCUUCAAAUGCAACAACACAUGGAGCAAGAGUUGAAGAAGCAAGAUCAAUACUGGCACAGGAGGUUGCAGAACCUAGAGGAUGGUUACCAGAAAGUUAAUCGUGUCUUAGAGGACGAGUACAAGAAAGCUGCCAAUGAAACGUCUGUUACUAAGACUGGGCAAAAAUCUGUUGAUAUCCAAGGUGCGGUGCAACCAUGUCUGGAAGGUAGUAAUAAAGUCCUAAAGUGUUUCCAGGAUCAUCCUAAGGAGACUCUCAAAUGUUCAAACUUGGUAGAAGAAUUUUCAAAUUGUGUCUGGAACGUGCAUUAUACACGUGUGAUUGAAGCGCGUUCGUAAUAUAUUUCUAUCUCUACUUUUAUGUGCUUCAUGGAUACAAAGGACAUUUAGUCAACAAAUAAUAAAUUGUAUGAUAAGGUAAUAAUGCCUCUAAAGUGCUUAUUUUAAUUCGGCAGAAUAUUGCUGAUAAAAAGUAGUAUAAAAGCAAAGAACACGUGGAGGAAAAUGUAAAAAAAUAAAUUAUUUGAAGAAUAUAUAUAUUACAAUUUGUAAUAAAAUGAGAGAUGUUACAUAUAUGAGAUAAAUAUUGUUAAGCAUCAAACACAAA